AUGCCGGCAACAGAGGAGCCCUCCGAACCCGACAUCGGGAUGUUAUGCGACGUCACAGGCCUGCUGCGACCAGAAGCUAUCAAGCGUCUAAAGUCCAAUAAUAACGAUCUUCAACGAGCGAUCGAGGAAUACUUCGAAGAUCCAACCGGCGAAAAGUACAAAUGGGACGAUUCACAUUUCUCUUCGAGUCGAGAGGGCGAUGCGAACAAUCCAGGCAUAUCUUUCAACAUCCAAGCCCCCGACGAGCUUCCGCCUCUCGGUUACCAGAACAGCGCAGCGCCGACUCGCCCUCCUUCAAGAACCACAACACCACUGGGAGCUCCAACCAACACCGACCAAGAAGAUGACGAUCUUCAGCGAGCCUUGGCCGAGUCAGCCGCCGCGUCUGGUAUCCAGCCCCAAGAAGCUGGUGUUGUCGACAGCGAGACGAAUCAGAAGUACUUUGGCCCUGCAAAUCGACUGCAAUACCAAGUUGAAGAUUGGUCUAUGGUUCCUACCAAGGCGUCAGUGGAUACUGCCAAAAUUGGCCCUGCUCCAUCAAAACGCAAACGAGACCCAGAGACUCCCGCAUUCCUCCGACAGACCAAAGAUCACCGGGUUGGGGCUAUCCUGUCAAUCUUUCACAAGAUCCCUCUGGUUAGAAAUAUCCUGCUCCGCUGCGGAAGACCGGCGCGUAACUACGGGCAUAACUCUGAGUGGUGGAACGGUCAAAAAAUUCUGAAGCAAGAGACCCUUGCUGCCAUGGCGACAGGAGAGGACAUCUGGGGCGAUGAUGCACAUCCCGAUUUCAGCGAAGAACUACAUCGUCUGUUAGCCUUCCUCGACAAGACAGAACGCAGCUACGGAUCAGUCGACAGCUUUAUCGAAACCAAACCGAUGGACCCGACCCACGGUGCUUGGGUGCCUGACGUUGAAGACAACCUCGCCGAGGCUUUGAAGCAAGCAAGCCAGGAAAACCCUGAUUGUGAUAUAAACCCCAUGGUCACCAUCGGCCAGCAGCUGCGAGUGCCGCCGGCAGGUGGUGAACAUUUAUCCUCCGAGGUUGUCGACUCGGGUGACGGAGAAAUGGAACAAGGAUUUAUCUUUCUCGAUGUUCGACUAGGUCAAGACCGGUAUGAGUGCGUGGGCACUUUAUAUGACGCUCUCGACCAAUUCCUUUGGCAAGAGCCGAUGUCACCAUCAUAUGAGUUUGUCGGCGAUAAGUUCGCUGCUCUCAAGAAGCCGGCCGACGUGCUUACAUUCCGGCUCGGAGGCUCGGGCUUAGUGAGGCCUUGCGAAGUACCCGCCAUCUUCUACGCAGAUCGAUACAUGAGAGACAGAAAAGACUCCACUAUCCACUUCAUGCGUCAGAUUCGAGAGAUCAGGACUCAGCUGCAGAACCUAGAGACGUGGGAGCGGGAACGGUUCCAAUGUAAAGGGGAGCACGGCUGCUCUAGGCUUAAGGGACUGGGCGAGUGGCAUGAUAUUCGCGCUUGUCGCGAGAGGACAAUUGAACUAGCCACGAAUCUCCUCGAGCAGCAGAAGAAGGAUGCUCAGUGGCGCUACUUCGAACGUCAGUGGAGAAAUGAUACACCAUACAGCAUGGAGGACCUUAGACUGCUUCACACAUCGACCGGGCCAUUUGAACUGACAUCGGAGGAAGAGGCCAAUAGAAGGAAAUGGGAAUUCAUCAUCAAGACCUCGAGACGAGAAAUGGAGGACAUUGAUCGAGAAUUGGCUGAUUGUAAAGACAAGAAGGAAGAGCUUACUGGCUGCCUGCAAGUGAUUCGCAAGCGUCUUACCUGUCAGGAGCACGAAGCUGAUGACGAUCUCUUUGUCUUCCGCUCGAAUCCCGAUGCUUAUCAACCGGAGUACUGGAACCCGACUCGGAAAUUCAUGCUCCGGGGUAUCGCACUGACGCGAGAUUUGGCAUAUGUCUGCGUCCGACAUGAACCUGAUCUAGUCGACAUCGACGGACAAGCGAAGCCGAUGGACCAGUGGUGGAAGAUAGGUUACGCCGCAGACGAAGCGUCUCCGAUCAAAACGGAGAAGGUUACCCUGGACGAUACUGUCCAGGCGGCAGGGACUGAAUCGAAGAACCCGAUCCUCAUAUAUGCCACCGAAGCUGCUAUGGAAGCAAGGCCAACGGAGCUUUCAGACCCCCUGCGGAUGUUUGUCAAAGCCGACAACCGCUCGUUUCAACAAGAAAUUGCUCAAGAGCAGAGCCAAGGACAGGACAGAGUACAGGAUCAACAUCAAAUGCAGGAUUUGCCGCCAGCGGCAUUGGGCGCUGAGGGUUCAUCUCAGAUCCCAUUCAACCCAGGCGCGAAAAGGAAGCUUAGCAAUGCGUCUUCCAUUGCCACUCAUGGCAGCUUGCGGAGCGACCUAGCCGAGGUUGAUCUAACCUUCCCGGACGACCCUGUCCAAUUCGAUGAUGACUCGACUGCAACGACGCAUCACCAGGAGUUCGCUAGCAACAUGCCAAUGACGCAUCACCAGGAGUUUGCCAACAACACCACCCAGCUCGUUAAGCUCGGCGGGAUCGUUGAAUCUUUGGCUAGCUGUCGAACGCGAGAUAACGACUCACCGAUCCUGGGACGGCGCGAAGUGCAAAGAGACUAUGGCGUCCAACAAGGUGGUCAGGGUGACAACUACGAGAGCAUGGAGGAGCUGCGGACGUUUGACAGCAGUGCGACAGACUCCAAAGGGCCCGAGAUGCAAGAGCGUAGCGGAGGAAUGGCUCCUUUCCUGACUCGCCCCGGUAGCAAGCACGGCACGCAGCCAGGUCCCAUUGACAUGAUGGACCUCGACGACGAUGAAGAGCAGCGACGAGGGGGUUGA